AUGAAUGAACAUCAAAAAACCGAACUCAACACUAUAGCAGCACAAAAAAAGAUUACCGACCAGAUAGCUAAUGAUGUACGCUGUAUUGAUAUGUCUAAAAUGCGCCAAAAUGCAUCAAAUAUAUCGUUGUAUAGGCGUAUGCAUUUGGAGUCAGAAGAGGAAGAAUUGUUUACAAAUAUACAAAAAGCAAAAGAAGCUCAAGCUAGACAAAUCGCUGAGUUGGAACAAGAACAAAAACUUGCUCAAGUGAUGGCAGAUUUAAAACACCGAGAAAUAGUUGAAAUAAAAACCCAUCAAUUACUUCAAAACAAUUCAAACGAACUUCGACAUAUCGAGAAACAAUUACGAACGGCUUAUGCAAAAAAAGAUUUAUUGUGUCAAAUCAAAGAAAAAGAAGCUAUAAAGAAAGAAGAUAAAGUCAGAGUAUAUUAUGAUGAUUUGAAAAUGAUAGAAACAAGAAAUUAUGAAAAUGAAGAGGAAAAAGAACUACAAACCCGACAAAAAGAACUCAAGUUAGAUUAUAAAAAGGCAAUCACAGAGCAAAUACAAGAAAACGCCGCAGAAAAACGAAGAGUGUCAUCAUUAAAGAACCAUCCAUUUGUUUUUUAUCAAGCGACCGGAAGUAGUGAAGUACAAAAAAAUAAUGUUAAAACUAGUUGUUCUCAAAAAGAACUGGAAGUAUUUAAAAAAAAGGAAAAUGAGCUAAAGGAAAUCGAACGGAAAGAAUCUGACAAUACAAAUAAACGUAUAGAAGAGUAUUUGAUUGAAAUUUCUAAACGGGACAAACAACAAGCAGAAUUAAAAAACCAGAAGAAAGCAAAGAAUGACAGAAUCUAUAAAUGUUUAGUUGAUAAUUUAACAUCCUUAACGUCAAAUACAUUGAAAAAUAGUGAAAUGCAAAUUAAUCUCGUAAUCGAACAACAACGAAGUGCCGCUUGGUUGGCCGAGAAAAAAGAAAAAGAACUGAAAAAUGUUCAACGCGACAUUAUGCUAAAUCAAAAUGAAAUGCAAUUGAACAUUAAAAAAGACAAAGAAAAAGCAGAAAAAGAAAAAGAUAUAGCUCUAGUCAAAAUAUUAUUGCAAAAUUUUCAAACGUUUAAUGAGGUAGAGGAGAAAAAAAAUGCUGAACGACGACAAAAGAUGCUCAACUAUGGAAAAGAAUUAAAAAUGUCGAUUGACUUAAAAACUGAUUUGAGACAAAGACAGAAAAAGGCUGUGAUGAAUGAAUUUUCAGAAGCUGUUAAAUUAGAGGAGCUAAGAAUGGUUGAAAUAAAAAAGGAGCAGACAACUAUUGUUAAACAACACAUGGAAAAUCUCGAAGGAUUUUUCCCACCGACUGCAAGAGAUCGAUAUGAUGUGAAAUAA